GCACAGCACACGCCUUCCAGUGUAUCCGAAUCACAUUCGAGAGUAUGGUGCUGUAGCGUCACUGGGGAAAAAAGCAAUAGGCUACGUCAAAAACGUGAAUCUUCAUUUGCAGCAUUGUUAAAAAAACGUACAUAGGGUUUGGAAACUAUAAAGGAAAAGAGGAAGAAAUACAUUUACCAGAGAGACUGCUGAUGGCCAACAGCUUGAUCAUCGAAACCGUAUAUCUGCAAUACCGAAAUGCGUUUCAUCAGCUGGACACCUAGUAGCUUUAGGGCAAGGACUCAGCAUUGAUAGGUCCUGAAUACAGCUGGACACAUCCUUAUUUGACCUCUUGGGCAUCCUGCAGGGGGAUCUUUUCAACGAUGCAUAGACUCACAGGUAUACCUACACACCCCACCAGCACCCCCUGUUUCUGAAAAUCAAGAGAUUAGGAACUCCAUGAGGUACACAAUGACCCAUCUGCAAGCAGGUCUGAGCUCUGAGACGACGGAGAAGGCACGUCUAGAGCUGAAUGAGAACCCGGACACCCUGCACCAGGACAUCCAACAGGUGAGGGACAUGAUCAUCACCCGGCCCGACAUUGGGUUCCUGCGCACGGACGACGACUUCAUCCUGAGGUUCCUCAGGGCUCGCAAGUUCAACCAAAUCGAGACCUUCAAGCUCCUGGCCCAGUACUUCCAGUACCGCCAGCAGAACCUGGACAUGUUCCAGAGCUUCAAGGCCGAUGACCCCGCGAUCAAACGGGCACUGAUGGAUGGGUUCCCCGGUGUCUUGGAGACCCCAGAUCAAUACGGGAGGAAGAUCCUCAUUCUCUUCGCCUCCAACUGGGACCAGAGUAGGAACUCUUUCACAGACAUCUUGCGGGCCAUCCUCCUGUCCCUGGAAGUCCUGAUAGAGGACCCUGAGCUGCAGAUCAAUGGCUUCAUAUUAAUCAUCGACUGGAGCAACUUCUCCUUCAAACAAGCGUCCAAGCUCACGCCCACCAUGCUCAAACUUGCCAUCGAAGGACUGCAGGACAGCUUUCCUGCUCGAUUCGGUGGAAUCCAUUUUGUCAACCAGCCGUGGUACAUCCAUGCUUUGUACACCAUAAUCAAGCCCUUCUUGAAAGACAAGACCAGAAAACGGAUUUUUCUCCAUGGGAACAAUCUGAACAGUUUACACCAGCUGAUUUACCCAGAAUGCCUGCCAUCUGAGUUUGGUGGAACACUGCCGCCAUAUGACAUGGGCAUGUGGGCUCGGACACUGUUAGGACCGGACUAUAACGAUGAGACUGAAUACACGCACACGUAUGACGCCCUCCAUGUGAAGGAGGCUCUGGGAAUCUCUGAUAAAGAGUGUUCUGACAAACUUAUGAAAAGGUCUCAGUCAGUGGUGGAGCCGGGGACUCUGCGGCACCAGGACAGGGACGAGGACACGGUGCAGCCUCUGCUGGCUCUGGACUGAGACCGUCAGCCUCAGGCUGCCCCUGGAGCCGGGCACCAGACCUGCAGGACUGUACUACCCAUCUUACAGGCAGCUCUCUCAUCAGCCAUCUCCUUCUGUUACUGAUUCAAGCCCCCACAAACACUGCUGGACCAUCCACUUUGCUGCAGCGAAUAAUGACAUCACCAGGAGAAAAAAGCUGGAAUUCCAGAAUGAAGCUAUACAGCAGCCUUGCUGUGUAUGACUGUAAGUUUUUCUCUGAGGCGCAAAAUGAAAAAACUGACCGAUUACAAGCAUUGUAUAUUAACUGGAGAUUAAACUACCGUGGCCUCAGCAGUACGAUGUAUAACCGAAUGUAAACUAAAGAGGUUAGAUAAAACAUAAAUUUAAACAUAUUUAAAGUGUAUGUACAGGUUCAUUCAUCCAAAUGAGAGCAGUUUCCAUAUGCUGAAACUACAUUAAAAAUGGCAUAGUGGUAACGUGGUAGAAGGUAGAGGUAUCUAUUCCAGUGUGAAGGUGACAGUGUAAACUGGUAUACUGCCAAAAAACUUUUUUAUAUAUUGUAUUUUGUUUUCAAUGCAGCUUUUGCCAUAUUCUGUGAUUAAAUUAUUUUGAGCUCUGAAA